AUGGCAGGCGACAAAGACGAGCCAGAAGUGCGAGUUCACGAUCCCAUGCCAUCGGGAUACGUCUUUGUUCCCAAGGGAGACGUAUACAUUACUAAAAAUUGUCGCCAGGAGACAUAUUCGGCCGGCCAGACCGUUUACGUGGUGGUUGACAAACGUCGGAAACCGAUCGGCCUUCGCUGUCCUGCCUCCAUUUUCAAAGCCGUCCAAGACUUGAACCAGGCUACAGCUGCGAAACGUGCAGAGGCUGUACAGAAGCGAGAUGCAGCUAUUGAAGGCGACUUUGAAGAGGCACUAAAGAGGCUGUUCCCCAACGCACCCAAAGAGUCCAUUGCCAAGAUUGUGAGCCAUGCGCUCAAGAAGCGUAGCAGGAGAGUGGGAAGAAGCGGGACGGUACAGCUAGAUGACAAGGUGAAGCUGGCGGUGCGAGCACAUAUCCGGCACCAGCAUACGGAGUAUGAACAGCUACUGAGACAGGGCACGAAUCGCGAAAAAGCCAGGUUACAGGUCUUCAGCAAGCUUAAUGAGGUUGCGAGACUGUGGGGUGGACGGCCGGCGAAGAGUACUGGGCUCAAGCGAAAGGCCGGAAACGAUGGAAGCGACACAAGAACAGCUCAGGAAAGGAGCGAAUUGCACAAGAGACAACAGAAGCAGGAAACACUCGAAACUGCAGCUACCAAUGCAAAGAUCGCGCGACACAAAAAGACAAAACAAACCAGAAAGUUAACCGUCGUUGAAAGAAGAUUGCUAGCUGAGGCAAGCAGGAAAUCAAAGGUAUCUGGCCUACGCGUUCAAACUCGCCGUAUGGCCAGGGAAGGAAUCGAACCUUUGGGAGGUACCGAGGAAGAACCGAUCGUCAUCGACGAUAGCGACGGACAAGAAGCUGUCUUUACUAGAGGCGAGGACACUGACUUUGACGACGGCGAUGAAUCGGACUGGAGCAACUGGAGCGACAUCAGCUUUGGCAACGCCACUGGGAAAAAGUCGCGGCAGAACGACCAUCACUGGUCAAAGCCAUGCCGGACCUGA